UAUAUAUGAUAUAUGAAAUCAGAUAAACGCCCUUUUAACAAUGACCGGAUAUCUCCCUUGGAAAACUGAACACGUAAUCCUUGUGCCUUGGAAAAUCAGAUUUUGAGAAAAUAAAAUUCUCAAUCAGGACGCGUGGUGGCGCUGCAGGAUAAGAAGGAGAAUAACUGAUCUGCACUAAAAUUACAUUCUCCAUUACGCUCUGACUCAGACUGGGGAGAAGAAGCCAGAGAAAGCAAGCUUUGUUAGCAAGAGCUGGAAGAGGGCAGGGCCCUUGAAAGGAGCUAUUUACCCCACCGCCUACCAUAGUGUCCAUACCAAGCAUAUUUUAAAAGGGAUAAGGAUGGAAACAGGCGAGAACACAAUUCGGAAACAAAGGCAAGUUCUCCUUUUCUUUGUUUUCCUGUGCAUGCCUAAGGCGGGUUCGGAACCCAGAAGGUUUUCUGUAGCAGAGGAAAUGGAAAGUGGCUCUUUUGUAGGCAAUGUGAUUAAGGCUCUGGGACUAGAAAUGGGGGAGCUAUCUAAUAGGGGCGCCCGGGUCGUUUUCGAAGGAGUCAGACAGUAUUUGCAGUUCAAUCGUAAAACCUGGGAUCUACUUGUAAAAGAGAAACUGGACCGGGAGGAAUUGUGUGGGCCUACCGUUUCCUGCGUAUUGCCUUUCCAGAUCUUAUUAGAAAACCCAUUGCAAAUUUUUCUGGCUGAGCUGCUAGUAGAAGACAUAAAUGACCAUUCGCCUAUAUUCCUGGACAAUGAGAUGCUCCUGAAAAUCCCCGAGAGUAGUCUUCCGGGAAAGAUAAUCCGUUUAGACGGUGCACAGGAUUUAGAUGUUGGGAUCAACAGUCUCCAAAACUACACUGUUAGCCCGAAUCCCCAUUUCCAAGUUCAAAUACGGGCACGCAGUGAGGGCAGGAAGUACCCAGAAUUGGUGUUGAACAAAGCUCUUGAUCGAGAGGAAUUGCCGGAGAUCCGAUUAACUCUCACAGCUUUGGAUGGCGGGUCUCCGCCCAGGUCUGGGACUGCCCAAAUUCGAGUUCUCAUAGUGGAUGUCAAUGAUAAUGCGCCUGAGUUUGGGCGACAGAAUUAUGAGGUGAGGAUUCCCGAAAAUAGCCCCCCAGGCUCCCUGGUUGUAGAGGUGCAUGCUGCAGAUUUGGAUACAGGAAAUUACGGGGAAAUAUUUUACACAUUUUCUGAUGCCUCCGAAGACAUUCGCAAAACUUUUAAGAUAGAUGGAUCUUCAGGUGAAAUUUCACUAAUAAAAACAGUGGAUUUUGAAGCAACUCAGUUUUAUGAAAUUGAUAUUGAAGCCACAGAUGGUGGAGGUCUUUCUGGAAAAUGUACAGUCGUAAUCCAUGUGAUAGAUCUGAAUGACAAUCUGCCUAAACUGACUAUAUCCUCGAUUACCAAUCCCAUCCCAGAGAAUUCACCUGAGACUGUAGUAGCUGUUUUCAGAGUUUCAGAUUUGGAUUCGGGGGAAAAUGGAAGGAUGGUUUGUUCCAUCCAAGAUGAUCUUCCUUUUUCCCUGAAACCUUCUGUUGAGAAUUAUUACACGCUGGUAACAGAAGGAGCACUAGACAGAGAGAGGAGAGCUGAGUACAAUAUCACUAUUACUGUCAUGGAUUUGGGGUCCCCAAGGCUCAAAACUGAACACAAUAUCACCAUAUGGAUCUCUGACAUCAAUGAUAACCCUCCAGUGUUUACUCUGACAGCCUACAAACUGUACCUCCAGGAGAACAACAGUCCUGCCCUCCACAUUGGCAGUGUCAGUGCCAGGGAUAGGGACUCAGGAAUCAAUGCCAAAGUCACUUACUCCCUGCUGCCCCCAGAGAAUGGAGACCUGCCUCUCUUCUCCUACAUCUCCAUCAACUCAGACAAUGGCCAUCUCUAUGCUCUGAGGUCCCUGGAUUAUGAAGCCAUCCAAGCUUUCCAGUUCACGGUGACAGCAACUGAUGGUGGUUCCCCAUCUCUGAGCAGCCAGGCUUUGGUUCAAGUUGUGGUACAGGAUAUGAAUGACAACUCUCCCUUUGUGCUGUACCCCUUGCAGAAUGGCACAGCUCCCUGCAAUGACCUGGUGCCCAGGACUGCAGAGCCAGGUUACCUGGUCACUAAGGUUGUGGCUGUGGAUAGAGACUGGGGACAGAAUUCCUGGCUUUCCUACCAGCUGCUCAAGGCCACAGAUCCAGGACUCUUCACUGUGUGGGCCCACAAUGGAGAAGUUCGAACAGCAAGACCCAUCAGUGACAGAGAUGCCAUCAAGCAGAGGCUCCUGGUUCUGGUGAAGGACAAUGGGCAGCCUCCUCUGUCCACAGCAGCCACACUGAAUGUUCUCCUAGUAUAUGGCUUCUCUGAACCCUACAUGCAAUUCCCAGAUGCACCCAAGGAGCAAGUUCAGACUGGUUCCCUCACCACUUAUCUAGUCAUUUCCCUGGCCUCUGUCUCCUUUCUCUUCUUGGUCUCUGUUAUUAUGUUCAUUGCUAUUCGCUUGUGGAAGAGGAAUAGGGAUGCCAGUGAUGGUAGUCAAUUUGAACCAAAUGGUCCUUUCCCAGGCUACUUAUUGGAUGCCAAUGGGACAGGGACCUUGUCCCAGAGUUACCAGUAUGAGAUGUGUCUGACCAGUGGUUCAUGGACAAAUGAAUUCAAAUUCUUAAAGCCCAUUAUCCCCAGGAACCCUGCUCAAGAGGGUAGGAGUGAUUUGGAGGAAAACCCAUCCUUUAGGAAUAGCUGUAACUUCAGUUAGGGAUAGAACUAUUUUGGGAUGCGUGGUUAUUAUGUUUUGUCAUUAUUCCUACCCUUUUAUUUUCUAUCUUUAUAUGGCAGAGGAAAAUUCAUUUUAAAAACAUUUGUGCAUGCAAUGUCCCUGAACAAUCUGCAGGGAUCUAAAAAACGCUAUCCACAAGCAGAGGAUAAACUGUGGGAGUAAAAACACUGAUGAAAAGCAACUGCUUGACUACAGGGGUUGAGGGGAUAUGACUGAGGAGAGACUCUAAAUGAACACUCUAGUGCAAAUACCAGAAACAUGGAAAUGGGUUAGAAUCGAGAACACAUGUGAUACCCAGUGGAAUCGUGCGUCAGCUAUGGGAGAGGUGGUGGGAUGGGGGGGAGGAAAAGAAAAUGAUCUUUGUUUCCAAUGAAUAAUGUUUGGAAACGACCAUAUAAAAUAAUGUUUAAAAAAUAAAAAUAAAAAAACAUGUGUGCUACAGACUUCAUAUUUGAAUAAUAAUUUAUGAACAUUAACUCCAGAGAAUAAGCUGAAAAGUUAAAACAUGAAAGACAUAAUCUAUGCAUAUAUAUACAUAUAUUGCCAGAUAAUGCCUUCUGUGGUGUGGGAAGGAAGGGAGGGACUACAUUAAAAAUAUAUGUGCUAUAAUUUUUCAUGUUCUCCUUUCUCCUGCUGCUCUCUUUUUCCUCUCAAAAUUUCUCUUCUUUUCGUUCUGUGUUUGAAUUUUGUCCAGAUUAUGUUAAUCCUCAAUCCAUUUCUCAGAAUAAAGGAACUACAUUAAUUUUGCAUUCUCAUUUCAAAAUUGUAUUUUAACAUUUUUGAUGCAAUUAAAUUCACUAACUUCUUUCAGUAUACUGAAA